CAGGAGAUUUGAGGAAACAAACAAGAAAACAGGAGCAGCUGUGAUUGAAACCCGAUAGAGAAACUGUGUUUUGACAUCUUUCUUUUUUCCUCUCCCUUUUUUUUCUUCUUCUCCUUAUUAUUCUCAGACACUUGAGGACCUACCAUGAUAAGGGCUGUGGAUAUUGUGCUGACUGCGCUGCUCGCCGCGUCCCUGACGUGCCGGAGCGCCCUCGGCGGCUACGGGAUGAGCCUGUUCGCGGCGCAGACGUCCCCCCCGGACCCCUGCUACGACGAGCACGGCAACCCGCGGCGCUGCAUCCCGGACUUCGUCAACUCCGCCUUCGGGAAGGAGGUGAAGGUGUCCAGCACCUGCGGCAAGGCGCCCGGCCGCUACUGCGUGGUGACAUCGGCGGAGAAGGGGGACGAGAGGACCAGGAACUGUCACACCUGCGACGCCUCGGACCCCAAGAAGUACCACCCUCCGGCGUACCUGACGGACCUCAACAACCCGCACAACCUCACCUGCUGGCAGUCCGAGAACUUCAUCCAGUACCCGCAGAACGUCACCCUGACUCUGUCCCUCGGUAAGAAGUUCGAGGUCACUUACGUGAGCCUGCAGUUCUGCUCGCCUCGACCCGAGUCCAUGGUGAUUUACAAGUCCAUGGACUACGGCAAAACCUGGGUGCCCUUUCAGUUCUACUCGACCCAGUGCAGGAAGAUGUACAACAAGCCGAACAGGGCUGUCAUCACGAAGCAGAACGAGCAGGAGGCCGUGUGCACGGACUCCCACACCGACAUGUACCCGCUGACCGGCGGGCUCAUCGCCUUCAGCACGCUGGACGGCAGACCGUCGGCGCACGACUUCGACAACUCCCCGGUGCUGCAGGACUGGGUGACGGCCACCGACAUUAAGGUCAUCUUCAGCCGGUUGCACACGUUCGGCGACGAGAACGAGGACGACUCGGAGCUGGCCCGGGACUCGUACUUCUACGCCGUGUCGGACCUGCAGGUCGGCGGGAGGUGCAAAUGCAACGGGCACGCGUCCCGGUGCGUCAAGGACCGGGACGGGAGUCUGGUGUGUGAGUGCAAGCACAACACCGCCGGGCCCGAGUGCGACAGGUGCAAGCCCUUCCACUACGACAGACCGUGGCAGAGAGCCACAGCCAGGGAGGCCAACGAGUGUGUCGCCUGUAACUGCAACCUUCACGCCCGAAGGUGUCGUUUCAACAUGGAGCUGUACAAGCUGUCGGGGAGGAAGAGCGGAGGAGUCUGCCUCAACUGUCGCCACAACACGGCCGGACGCCACUGCCACUACUGCAAGGAGGGCUACUACAGAGACCUGUCCAAACCUAUCUCACACAGGAAGGCCUGCAAAGCAUGUGAUUGCCAUCCCGUGGGUGCUGCUGGCAAAACCUGUAACCAAACCACAGGACAAUGUCCCUGUAAAGACGGCGUGACUGGUAUCACGUGCAACCGCUGUGCUAAAGGCUACCAGCAGAGCCGCUCGCCAAUUGCCCCCUGCAUAAAAGAGAUUCCGGUCGCGCCUCCCACGACCCCAUCCAGCAGCACGGAGGAGCCAUCAGACUGCGACUCUUAUUGCAAGGCAUCUAAAGGCAAACUGAAGAUCAACAUGAAGAAGUACUGCAAGAAAGAUUACGCUGUCCAGGUGCACAUCCUGAAGGCAGAAAAGGCCGGCGAGUGGUGGAAGUUCACCGUCAACAUCAUCUCGGUCUACAAGCAGGGCGAGAGCCGCAUCCGCCGCGGGGACCAGUUCCUGUGGGUCCGCGCCAAAGACUUGGCCUGCAAGUGUCCCAAGAUCAAGCCCGGGAAGAAGUACCUGCUGCUGGGGAACGACGAGGACUCCCCCGGGCAGAGCGGAGUGGUGGCAGACAAAGGCAGCCUGGUCAUCCAGUGGAGGGACACGUGGGCACGCAGGCUCAGGAAGUUCCAGCAGCGCGAGAAGAAAGGCAAGUGCAAGAAGCCGUAGGCGGGAAAAGAUGGAGAGGAUGCCGGUGACGGGAGAGGAAUUCAAGAGGAAAGCUGAGCGGGUCAUUUUGCAAAAGAUGAAUAAAUAAAUAAAGAAAAAAAAAAGAAAAGUGAACGAGAGGACCACAGACAGACAAGAGACUGUUUAUGUCGCUGCUUUUUUGUGUAGAAGCAUGAAGAGAAUUAUUUAGGAUGAUUUGUUUUUUUUUUUCUAGUGAACUUUUGUUGAAGGAGCUCACCCUGCAGAUUUGGUUUUAUGGUUUAUUUUACUUUGAGAUUUUGUCUCUCUUGUGGAUUUGCCGAAUUUGCACCUAUUACCAGCAUAUAAAGUUAUUUGUGUUUGUUUUUUUUUUUCUUUAUCUCAGUAUGAAAUCAUUAUAUUUUAUGUUUUAAUUUCAUGGACAGUUUCUGCUGGUGCAAAAAAAAAAAAGACACAGAAAAAGCCACUUAAUUACCACUGCAACGUUGCCUCUGCAUGGUUUUUCUUGUUGUAUUCUUAGCUAAGAAGCGAGCUUGUCUUCACUGAUCUGAUUGAGGCAGUAAUAUUUCCUCUGUUGAGAAUUGUGCCAUAAAAGCUAUUUGUUUGUAAGCCACAGAAAUGCAUAGUACAUUCAGCUGUCACUGAGACUCCAUUCAUUCCCCCUGUUGUACAAAUUUAGGUAUGUCUGCAACUCCAGAAGCAAGAUCUCUGUUGUCCCACAUUUUUAGCAAGGACACAAAUCAGUAUUGACUUCAGCAUAUUUUCACUCCAUAUUUGCCCCUUUAGACUUUAAUGGUUACAUUUUUGGUGGUUCAGUAUUUGUACAAUUUAUUGUCAGUUCACUAACUGGUGCCGCUUGUGGUACUGGUGUAUCCUCUCACGAAGGACAAACUGCAUUUAAAAACCACUGAUCUCCCUUUCAGUACUUUGAGUAACUUUGAUUAAAAAAUAAUAAUAAUAAUAAUAAUGUCACGACUGACACACAAAAGUACAAAGGGCCCGCCCCGUCUAUUGUGAUAAAAUACUACGAACAUGUUCACAAAAUCACGAGUGGUUCUUAGGUAGCACUAAUAGAAACAAAUGAUAGUAAAUAUGGGUCAAGAUGCUCCAAAGUAAAAUGUCAAAAGGUUGUUUUAAUUCAUUCACAUUCACACUUUAGAGAUAUUAUUUGCGUGUUCUACCACAAAAUGAUCAGAGCUGUUACCCGAGGCAGGUCAUCGUGCAGAGUGGAUGCAACGUUAUUGCUGUGCAGCGGUUAAGUGCUGCAUGUUCUCAGAGGAUACUGACAAAGAAGUGCAUAUAGUAUGUCACGAUUAUGCAACUAUGCAGAUUUAUGUGUUAUCUUAGAAAAUGUAUUACUUCACACCAGCUCCUGACAACUCACAUUACAUAUCUUAAAGAAUUUGAAUGAGUGAGACAAAGGAAGAAACUCCUCUCACUUACCUCGCUAAGAUACUAAACUAAAUCAAAGUAAUAAAAAAAGACUGUACAGGAUGUGCUUAUGCGGAACAAGGCGUUUUAUCAAGCUUAUCAAGCAAUGAGAAUGAUCAUAGCGAAAAGGAAAAAAAAAUAAAGUCCUUACCUCGCGCGGUGCAGAAAUGAAUCCGAGUGCAUUAAAAAUAAAAACUUGGCCGCGAGCUGCGCCUUGAAAAAGUGCUCAACAAUUACUUAAAUGUAUUUCUGAAAUCCACCUCACACUGGCUUGUAUUCAUCUAGAAUAAUUGCUACAGUACUUUGAGAUUGCAGAUAAAUACCGUUACAGUCCACACACUCUUUUGCCAACACAAUGCACGAUUGUACAUUCACUUAAAAAAAAAAAAAAAAAAAAAGGACACUGUGCGACCAGUCAGGGGCUGCAGUCUCCCAUUGACCUGUCACGUUAAUUCUCUUCACUUCAACACUUGCACAGGGAGUGAAUUGCAUUCACUUGACGCUGCUCGAUUCAAACCACAUUGCUCAUUUAUCUGUAUGCAGUUCAGUUUGGAUUCCUCCGAGGAAUGCGUGGUGAAAGCUCAGGUUUGCAAAAGCCCACGGUGCGUCUGAUGCAUCAUAAAACUGGGGUUCCUUUCAGUCCGACCCAAAACACUUUUGAGCGAACGCGUCUGAUGUUGAUGGUAUUUGUAUUUGCAACACCUUUUAAAAACUGUCCAACAGCAUGACUAACUGAGCGGAGGGGUUUUAAGAUCUUUUCGACACACAUGGUCUUAAUCAAACAGACUUUACUUCCUUUGUUUUAAAUGGGAAUAAUUUCUGGUUCCAUUAUCUCAUCAAUCUAGUCAUUUUGUCCGGGAACUGUCUGUUUGGACCGAAAUGCCUCCGAGAUGAUGACAAAUUUGAAGGGCUUAUUAGACCGUGAAAAAUCCUAAUCACCUGGGUUCAGUCGUAGGAUAGAGAACAGAUGACCUUGUCGCUGAGGUACUUCUCAAUAUUUACAUUUAGGGUUUGGCAGAGUUUGCUCUUUCUCUUCUGUCCGAUCGAUCGAUCAGUUCAUCGCGAUGCUACGUGCUGGUGGAUUCUCCAGCACACCGACAUAAAGAGUAUUCACAUCUUCAUCGAAUAGCGGUACAUGUUUUCUGUUUGGCACAGUGUAAUCAGUAAUCACACCUCUCUUAGUCCCUGCAGCCUCAUCCUGUUCAUUUUACAUUUGUGUCCUGAGCAAUGGUUUGACAAGCUUCCUCAUGAAACGCUACACACACACACACACACACCUGUCAAAGCAUUGCUUUGUGUUCAUACUAUGAAUUGUAAAUGUUGUUUAGUUGUCAUCAUUGCCAAGACUUUUUGCAAUGUUGUUUUACAAUGCGUACUAAUAUAUUAUGGUUAUUAUAUAUGAAUAUAUUUAAUGACACAAGACAUUGUGGAUUUUAUUGUCUUUUUCAACUUUUUUUUUUUUUUUUUUUUUACUUGUUUGUGGUUGUUUAGAUUGUUGCCAUUAAAGAAGGAAAUAAUAACUACUGAACACACCAACCUGGUAGAACUUAAUUCAGAUUUUCAGUUGAAAUAAACUCUUGUUACAUUGAAAAACCACUCGCCUCUGUUAAUGUGAAUUUCUUUUGUUUAUGUUUUCCAGUUAUUGAGAUAAUAUUACGGUGUGUGGUAGGGCUGCAAAUUUUGAUUAUUUGCAUGAUCGAUUAAUUUUCUCUUCUAUAUAAUCUCAAAAAAAUGUAAACAUUCUGAUCACAAUUCCCCAGAGCCCAAAGUGACAUAUUCAUAUUGUUUUGUUUGUCUGACAACCAGUCCAAAACCCCAAAGACUCUUCAUUUACUAGCAAAUCCUUACAACAGUUUCACAACUGACACAUGAAAAGACAAAAGGCCACACUGACUGUUAAAAAAUAUGACUGACAAUACUCAUAAAUGUGGCGUGGUUCUUGGGUAGCGCUAAUUGAUACAAAGAAAUAAUGAAUACGGGUUCUUAAGUUGCUGCAAAAUAAAAUGUCAAAUGUUUGUUUUAAUUCAUUCCCAUACACACUUCUACAUUCAACAACCUUAAGACAUUCAGAGAAAAUCCUAACAGUUAGGAAACUUGAGCCUGCUAGUGUGUGACAUAUUUGCUUGAAAAGUGACCGAAACAUAACAUUUUAACAGAUUAUCCAAAUAGUUGGCAAUUCACUAAUCAGUUAAUGAACUAAUAGUUUCAGCUCUAGUAAAUAGUCAGCUUUAUUGAUAUGCAGAUAUAGCAAAGGAAAUAUGGAAGUGGUCCUAGUGUGUUUGAGCGUUUGUCAGAGGUCCGGCUCAGCUAAAUAUCAUGUUACAAAACACAGCGAUCGUGCAGCGUAAGCCCUGAGCCUUAACACAGACAGACUGGAGUCCAGGGACUAUUAACUGGAAAUGUCAUUUAUUAGAAAUUACAAGCUGAAUUGAUUUACAAGGAAAGAAAACAGGCAUGUUAGUAACACGGCCGAGCUGUUUGUUUUGGCUGAGAGCUAUUCCGUAAACGUUAUAAAAUCCCAAGACAAAUGAUAACAUUACAACCGCUGCAGUAAUGCAUGGGUAAAUAUAAGUGAGUGUGAAUAUUGCAAAGCUUGCGGAAUUACCGUACCCAGUCAGAGCCUCAGGCCAGACCACAGACAGACGUAUGAAAGGAAAGCUCCUGCUGCCUGCGGGAGGUCCUACUGUUGGGUCAACAUCAGCCACAGUCCAGGCUAAAAAUAUUUUUCAAAGGCUUACAAACCUCCAAAAUAAUUUAACUAUUUGGAUCAUUAAUGAGCCAGACACUUAUUAAAAAGCACAAUUUACAUGUAUGUACUAUAUUUAUAAAAACACAUUUUCUGCAGGGUAACCAGUGUAUUUCAUCAAACCAGAGGACUUAACUGUGCACCUAUAGCUAUUUAGUUCACAUCGCCUUGGUUAGGCAGUCACCAGUGACCUUUGAAUCAAUUCGAAGCGAAAGAAUUU